AUGGCCAGGAAUCUGAGCGCAUUACCAACAUACCUAACCCGCCUGUUCAGCCUGGCGGGCAGGACAGCUGUGGUUACGGGCGGCAGCUCAGGCAUAGGCAAGGAAAUCGCACUCGCCCUCGGCCAGAGCGGCGCGACGGUGAUUCUCAUCGCGCGCCGGGCGAAGCCUCUGGCAUCCACUGUCGAGCAACUCGCCCAGCUCGGCAUCCCCGCGGCAUCGAUAACAGCAGACCUGUCAAAUCUCGCAGAUCUCCACCACGCCAGCGCCCGCAUCAAGUCCUCCCAUGGCGUGCCCGACAUCCUUGUCAACGCAGCCGGGGUGUCUCACAGGCCACCUCUGUCGCGGAUAACGCAGGGAGACUGGGACUAUACCCUCGCGGCCAACCUGACGGCGCCGUUCGCGCUGGGACAAGCGUUCGGGCCCGGGAUGGCUGAGCGCGGAAGCGGCCGCAUCAUCAACAUUGUCAGCCAGCAGUCGUUUCGCGCCUUCGACAACAGCGGCGCCUACGGUGCUGCGAAAGGCGGUCUCGUCUCGCUCACGCGCUCGCAGGCCGAGGCCUGGUCACGGAGCGGGGUCCUGUGUAACGCGAUCGCGCCGGGGCAUGUGGAGACGCCGAUGACGGAGGGGAUGCUCGCCGACACGCACAAGGCGGAAGCGCAUGCGGCCCGCACCAUGAUCGGGAGGAACGGCAUGGUGGAGGAUUUUGCCGGGGUCGCAGUAUGGUUGGCAAGCGGUGCCAGUGCCGCGGUGACGGGGCAGACCAUCUUUGUUGACGGGGGAUACUCGGCUACCUAG